AUGUCCUUGUAUGACGACAUUCUUCCCGGAUCUAGUGAUGAUUCUAAGCCAGGUGAGACCCUUGUUUUUUUAUAUUAUUCUUCUUUAGAAUCUGAAGCCCAACCGAAAACAGCGGCUCAGAACUUCCUCUUCCUGAAACAACAGUUGGAAGCAAAAAAGGCACAAGCUCAACAGAGUAAGGUGAAGCCCGUAAGUUAUACUUUACGUAAAUCCUGUCAUUAUUUUUUAUCUAAUCUUAUCCGUUCCCUUUAGAAAGCGUCAGGAUUAUCGAAUCUGAAACCACAAGUGCCUGUUCCCGUUGUCCAACCUAAGCCGAAUAACAUUCUCAAACCUCGACGAGCAAAACCAUUACCUUUGGACGCUCCUCCAUCUUUUAGUAUUAUUCCUCAGGCAGUCAAAGAGGAGAAGGUAGUCUAUCAUUUUAUUAGUUAUUUUCAUUUUUAGGUAAUACUUUUUAAUGAAGUCGAGAUUGUGGAUGAAUAUAAUCCUCUGACACCUACUGAUUACAAUGUUUAUAAGCCCAAAAGGUUUGUUUUUGAUUCUUUAUAUUAUCUUUUUCAUUUUUAGAGAACUUCAAUUGGCAAAAGAGAGGAUAGCCAAAGAAAUAGCUGAACGAUUAGCUAAAGAGCAUGCAGAAGAAGAGAGGAAACGAAAGAUUUAUGCUCAAUUUGCCCCUCCGCAGGCGUUAAUCGAGGAUUCGACGGUAAUAAAGGAGCCUCAACAGCGUAUGUUUUAUAUUAUUUUAGGCUUUUAUUGAUGAUUUGGGUUCAAUAGCCUGUUUUGAGCGACCGUUUCUUUUUUUCAGCUGUUCCAGUUCCUCGACCAGUCAAACGCGGUCUUGAUUUGGCCGCGGAUAUCAUGUCCAAGAUGGGAUACAAAGAAGGAAAGGGUCUCGGAAAAGAUGAAACUGGUAUAAGCUCGGCUUUGAGAGUUGAAAAGAGAGGAAGAAACGUGGGGAUGAUUGUGGAUGGUACUAAGAAAUCUUGGGAUCGCGAUGAAAACGGCAAAUGUAAGUUUUUAUCUUAUUUUAUAUUUAAAUUUGACGUUUGCCUACUUUAAUAUAAAUUGUUUCAGUUAUUAGCCAGAAGGUGAAUCUUAACACUGCCGAGAUGGUCAAUAAUGCUUCCAAAGUCAUUCUGGUCAAGGUAAAACUUAAUUUUUGUUGUGAUUUUUGAAAUUUAGAACAUGGUGACACCAUCAGAUUGCGAAGAUGAAAUCCAAGAGAUUGUGGAAGAAGAGAUGAGUAAAUACGGUACUGUUGUGAAGGUUGUAAUACAUGAAGUAGGUUGUUGUUAGGUUUUGAAUUAUUUUACAAACUUAAAAGCUGAUUAUAUUAAUUUAGGUCCAAGACUUGCCCGAGAAUGAGUCAAUUCGAAUAUUCGUCGAAUUUACCAACCAAGCCCAAGCAAUGAAGGCUGUAAUCGACUUGAGCAAGCGUUACUACGGCGGACGGGCAUUAACUGUCAGCUUCUUCGAUGUGGAUAAGUACAUUAAUCAGCAAUUUGACGAUAUUAAUGACUAA